CUCCGUGCUCGUGUUGAAAGUCUUCGUUGGCUCUAUCCUACCGGUCGAAAAGGAGUUGAGCUUUCCUUGUCUGAGGCAUUGUCAAGACCGAUUCCUGUUCCGCCUAAAGAUUACAUGAUCGACCUCGGGUUUGAAGAUCUAUUACGUGCAGAGUGCUACGCCCUGAAUGUCGAUCGCAAGGUCUACAACAAUGUCAAGAUCAACGGCUUCACCAUUACAGUCGUCUAAGGCUUUAAGAGACGGGACAACUCGAUAUGGUCUCCGUUUGGACAGGGAGUUUUAUGAAUUAGUCAUGGGUAACCCUCAGUUACGGGUCCUUGAUCUCCACAACUGUAAUCUGGAUACGAACACAAUCGGUAGUAUCGGUCGGGCCAUCCGAGAUGGCCAUUCUGCAGGGCUUCGACUCGAAUCCUUGAAUUUAGCUGGAAACAGCGCUUCAGAUGGUGCAGAUGUCAUGACCUUGGCUAAAGGGAUUGUCAAACAUGCAGGGACGCUCCAAGUCCUAGAUGUGAGCAACUGUCAGAUCACGGGCGAUGGCAUCAAUCAGAUCAUGCAUGCCUUUGUUGCCAAUCCAGAUGUCGCUUCUCAUACCCUAGAGACAUUUUGUAUCCAGGGAAAUCCAGAAAGCAAGGUCAACUCAUUCAUUCUUGACAUGUUUUUGAAACACUCGAUGCGCCUUCAACGAUUAAACCUUUCGAGUCUGCCAUCCUGGAGUAAAUCGCCCAUCCUAAUGGCUGAGACUCUUGCCAACUGUGGAGGCUUCCUGACAUCCUUGGACAUCAGUGGUAUGGCCCUGCACCCAUCUACACUUGAUCAGAUCAUAUCCUGGAUUUCAAGUUCUGGAUUCCAUUCUAUGGAACAAUUCAAGGUCGAAGGCUGUGGAUUGGAUGGAAACCAGUUUGCAAGCAUUCUUGAGGCCAUUGGACAGAGCCGUAAUACCAAAGUCGAGAUAUAUGCUGGCAGAAACUUACUCUCGGACGGCACGGACCUCCCAGAUAGUCUGGUGAGUGUCCUUGCCAGCGGUGAUACUGCUACCUCUUUAGGACUACGUCAGACCUGCUGGAGUGAAUCUGCUCUCCGUCAAUUGUUUGUCAGUCUCAGUCAAAAUUGGACGCUCAAGAAGUUGGAUCUGAGCUCAGUCUCUUUGGCUUCGAACCGUGAUCCUGAUGUGGAGACUUGCAAACUUUUGGGUCAGAUGGUAUCAGCGAGCUCGAGUCGAUUGGGGGAACUGUACCUUCAAGGAGAAGAAACCGCGGACCUGACUUCAAGAAUGGGAAGAAACAUUUGGAGAGCGUUCCCAGGGAUUGGACAGAGUCGGUAUUUGACCAAACUAGAUGUUCGUAGGAACCGCUUUAGGGAUGCGGGGGCGUAUGCACUCGCAGAGACUCUACGAGUGAACCAAAGCCUUACCUGGUUGAGCAUGGAUGAGAACGAUGUUACCCUGGAUGGCUUCAAUGCUAUUCUUUCUGCUUUCCAUCAAGGCGGAACAGAGCAUGUGCCAACAAGCAGCAUGUACUACAACAGCACCCUCUGCUGUUUUGAGCCACCUGUCAAGGAUAUUGAAAAACAGACAUUGGUUCUGAAGGAAGCUAUGCUCGAGACCUACAAGACUGAGCAAGAAACUCGGUUCUUAUUGAGCAACUCCACCGGCAAGGACUCACGCGAAUGGAAGGAAAGACUUGCGCAAAUCAUUCGCACGCGCAAUCUGAGUUCUGAGAUCAUUGCUCGACUUGAUCGAACCAUCAGGGGCAUAACUGCGGCCACAGAGCGAAAUAAGACCGCACAAGAGGCUGUGCUUAGGGAUCGUGAGAGAAGACGCGAUCGAGAACUGGAUCGUGAACGUGAACGUGAUCGUGAAAGUCUGGACAUUAGAUGAAAAAAUACAUUAACUCCUUACUACAACUUCUUCACAACCUACAUUAGCUUUUUUUUUUUUUUUUUUUUUUUUUUCACUACCAUUCC